CGCAGGCGCGAACCGAACCCGCUUUUGCUCCGCUCCCGCUCCUGUCCGCUCGCUGGCUCGGCGGAUACAGCAGGCAGAGAGCUGUACCUCGCCAGCCCCCUGGGGAUCCAUGAUGCUGAGCUGUGAUCGUUCUUGUGGCUGCAGCCGUGGCCCCAACGUGGAGGAUGGCAAGUGGUAUGGAGUCCGCUCUUACCUGCACCUCUUCUAUGAGGACUGUGCAGGUACCACCAGCGAUGACCCCGAGGGACCCCCGGUCCUGUGCCCCCACCGACCCUGUCCCUCACUGUGCUGGAAGAUCAGCCUGUCCUCGGGGACCCUGCUUCUGCUGCUGGGCGUGGCAGCCCUGACCACUGGCUAUGCGGUGCCCCCCAAGCUGGAAGGCAUUGGCGAGGGUGAGUUCCUGGUGCUGGAUCAGCGGGCGGCCGACUACAACCAAGCCCUGGGCACCUGCCGCCUGGCAGGCACUGCGCUCUGUGCGGCGGCUGGGGUUCUGCUGGCCAUCUGCCUAUUCUGGGCCAUGACGGGCUGGGCAAGCCAGGACAUCAAGGCAGAGCCCUUGGCCACUGAAGCUGAUGACCACAUGGAGGUCUUUGGGGAUGAGCCAGAACAGCAGCUGUCCCCCAUCUUCUGUGAUGCCAGUGGCCAGUCAUGGUUCUCGCCACCUGCCAGCCCCUUUGGGCAAUCCUUUGUGCAGACCAUCCAGCCCCAGCGGGACUCUUGAGCUACCCACAUGGCCAGAGAAGGAGCCAGACCUGGGGUCUGGACCCUUUCUCUUCCCCACCACACCCCCCCAUUGUCACACCAAUGUCUCCCUUUCAGCAGGGCCCCUUCCAU